AUUCCGUUCAGCGAAUUGAUACCAGUCAUUGUGGAAAAACCUUGGGUUGCUCACGUAUUCCGCCUGGUUGCCAAGACAACACAGACUGUGACUACUUGCUGACGUUCAACAAGACUGGCACUAAGGUUGUGUUCUCAGUUUCCGGAAAAGUAGAUGGUUGGGUUGCUGUUGGGUUUAACGAUAAGCCAAAAAUGGUUAGUAAUAUACUGUUGGAACCGACAUGACUUUGUGACUACCAAAACUUAUUUAAAGAAAGAGGGUCAGUUUUUAUAGAUUAGAAAGAAAUCUUGCAAGGGCAAUCUGCAUCCUAUAGUAUAUGCAGCAGUACAAUAUUUGCUAUUUUAUCGAUAGCGAUGCCAUUUUACAAUUAUUGUAUAAUGCAUAUGGUCUACCAAGGGCAAUUGAACCACUGACUUAAUGUUAUAUAUCAAAUACAAUUCAAUUCAAAGACCAAAAUUUUGGUUCCAAUAACAAAAAGAAUUUCAGACUAUAGUAACUGAAACAGACAAAAAUUGGCGAUGAUAAUAAAACCGAACAAAAAUCAUCUGAAAAGCAACGUUUUGUGUCAUUGCAUGUGACUGCGGUUUUCUUUUAGAAAUGUCAAAUUACAAAAUUGAAAACCAGAUAAAGUCGAAUCUAUAAUUAUCGCCCUCAGGCUUUAUCCAAGGGUUUCUUUUCGCUCAAAUAAGUUAGAUUCCAUGCACAUUGACCCGGCCUCCAUCCAGCGGACUGAUCAGAUUAACCGUUCGGCUAUUGUCUCUUAAUUAGAGGUUUUACUGUAUAUGGGAUAAAAAUCCGUCCCCAUUCUUUUAUACUUGCAAGCUUGAAAAUGUUUCCUCUGUUGUCAGGGAGGUACCGAUGCUGUUAUUUGUCAACCUCUCGGACGUGAUAUUAAAAUGUCGGUUGCUACCUUAGAAUACAGCAGUCCUGAUCUGGAGUCUGUAAGUAUAUAUGUGUAUAAAAAAAUUCCUUUUGUUUAACCAUAUAUAUGCAUGCAAGUGCAUGGGUUUCACUAUAUUGCAGGACAGCGAAUGGUAGUUACUUUUAGGAAUGUUGAGUUUUAUAAGAGCGACACUAUAAAGGCGGUAAACUCGUUGUUUAUAUGUUUGUUACCAAUCUAAAUACAUGCAAUGAGUACCCCAUGGCAGUGAUAUAGAGUUGCAAAGUCAAUCUUACCAUAUGAAAAAAUUAUUGUUGCACGAUUGAUGAUACCAGCUACGCUCUAGUCACCUGUUGUAAAACACGUCUAACAAAAUAGUUAACAUCAACACCUGUUAUAUGCAGCCAUUCCCAAAUUCGAGUGCCUGCAUGAUAUGCGGUUGAGGCAUUAUAUGUAAAGGGCACCGUCUUUUAUAUUUCGAACGCCAUGUUUGCUAUUCGGUUUCUCUUUUAGCAAAAUGAAACUACACUCUUGGAAGGAAAGUACGAAGGAGGAGUUAUAUAUUGCAAGUAAGCUACAGAAUAUCGAGUUUCAGUUGGAUCACCAAUGAUUAAUCUCAUGCUUAAAUUGAUGAUGCUAGAUGAUGAUGGUUAAGUGGAAUAUCAUUUGCCGGCUUCUGCAUGUGUAUGAUGCAACUAGCUAAAGUAAGAACAAACUUCGACGUUUCGAGCAAAGGGCCGUCCAGACAAUGGGUAUUCGGCUCGAAACAUCGAGUUUAAUUAAAUUACUCUUAUUUUUCAGUUAUAGGUAUAUAUAGUUGCAUCGUACACAGAAGUCUUCCGAUUGUAGGUGAUGGUGUUUAAUCUGUUGUAGUGGGCAGGCAUCAUUAAUACUUUUUGGCCUUGCGAGCAAAAUUCAAAAUGUGCCUGCAAAAAUGCAUCUUAUUUAGAUUUUGUGACCUAAAUAUUGUUAAAAUGUCGGUAUUUUAAAAUGUGCCUGCAAAAAUGAUGCCUGGUGGUGGAUGAUGGUAAAUGAGGGCAGAUGUGAUAGAUGAUGGCGCAUGGUUAAAUCUAUGGUACUGGUUGAAGUUGGUGGUUGUGGUAUAAACAUAUUGUGAUAAGGGGCCGACCAUUUAACUUUUGAGAGAGGUGAUUUACCGCUGGAAAGGAUUUUUUUGUGGGAUCGUUAUGUGCAAGAUAUUUUUUUCUUAUCCCAUCAUCAUGUACGAUAUUUUUUGCCGCUCUCUUUCGCAGCAUUUUUUUUCAAUAGCUUAUACUAUUUAGAUUCUUUAAUAAUAGUUAUCCGUUGAGUUUUUUAGCUUCAUGCAUUGCUUUUAAUAAUACAUAUUGCUAUGAGGUAUUGAGGUAUAACAUUUGGUUCAGGGCCUCUUUUAAGAUUGUGUAACUGGAGGGGACAUAUUUAGCGGGGGACCUGGAGAGGUUCCAGUCGGCAAGUCUAUAUCACUGCAGCUACCAGCAUAUAUAUGCAUAUAUAUGCACGUCAUAGGGCAGCAGAACAGGCCAUAACUAGGAUUCUGAGACAGCCGAGUCGAUAACCGAAGAUGCGAGCCUCUAGAGGGGUCUGGGGGCAUGCCCCCCAGAAAAUUGUGGAUUUCUUGAAGCUCAGAUAAGCUAUUUUCAGCAUUUUGAAGAGUUUUCCAACAAGAAAUUAACCUUACACUAGUCCCUGAAAAUCAAACUAGCUGAUCUUCUGGGACUGGUCAAAUCGAUCCCUGCAACCAUGCUGGGGCAGGAUAUUUUUCCCACAGUUUGUUAGUGCAGGUUGUUUUUUUUUGUUCAGAAUAGCCUUGCAGGAAUUUUUUUUCAAAAUCAGCCCCUAAUGCUGACGCCAUACUUAUAAGAAAGGUAUAUGCAUAAACUAUUUUGUGACGUCAAACGCGGAUAAAACUUCGGCUUCGAUUUUCUUGUUUGUUUUGUUUUGAAAGGUUUUUCUUUCUCCAGGAAAACUCCACAAAAGCGGUAGGUUUCGCCUAUGCCUUUAAAAAAUCACCCUUAAUAAUCAGGCGCAAGCGAAAAGGCCGAGGAACUAGGCUAGGUUUCGCCAAUUUUAUUUAUUUAAAUCAAUUAGUAGGUAAGACAUGAUGUUCUCAAUGCAUGCUGAGAACAUUUAGUCUGAAAAACAAAGCAGUAAUGGCUACGGAUACGAAGACGAGAGAUUGUCUCACUAUUUUAUUUUCGAUUUUAAGUCCGUGUUUUACUAUUUUUUGUGUUUUAUUAAAAGUCAACAGUCAAAUUAUCCUAUAUACGUAAGACAUGCCACGCAUACUGCAAAUCCUCUGGAAAUUGUUAUAAUUCGGCCUCUAACAAACCUUUAACCGCAUUUUCUAUAGGAGUUCUUUAAUUUUAGUUGUAAAUUUGUACUAUAAUGUAAGUUAUUCGUUCGUAAUUAUGGUAGGCAGAUUCAAUUGGGGCUACGCUCUGUCUGCUCACCAAUCAUCUGCUGUAAAUUUGAUGAUGAAGUUAUUAAACUAAACUACACUCCACAAUAUAAAAAACAUUUGUUCAUAUUUAUAUUGUAAUAACAUUUUUACUAUUACUGUAUUAUUUCAUCUUAUUUUUAUCUUAGUUGUAAAAUUCAAUCACUCCAUUAUAUCUUGUAGAAAAAAUGACCAUAUUCUCUGCUGAUUUAAACUUCAGUCCUCUGCCUCUGCACUAUACAGCAAAAGUUUUCUUUGUAUUUUGAUAUUUGUUCAUACAACAUUUAUUAUAGCAAAAAGUCAACAUAUUUAUGGCCGAUGCUCGUCGUAUUCCUAAAUCAGUGAUGUUAAUUAAACAAAUCUGUGUUUAUGUUCAAAGCUGAAGUGCCAUCUGAAGAGAAAAGAAUAUGAAGUUUGUGAUGACUAUUUUAUUCUUAGAAGCCGAUUUCUUACAAUUUUCAGAGGGUUUGCAGUAUGGUAUAUGUCUUAUGUAUGACUGUUGAUUUUUAAUAAAACACAAAAAAAUAGUUUAAAGACUUAAAAUCGAAAAUAAAAUAGUGAGACAAUCUCUCGUCUUCGAUCCGUAGCCAUUACUGCUUUGUUUUUCAGUCACAAUGACAACGUUCAAGAGGAAAAUAUUUAAUCAAUUUUCCCAACAUGCAUUGAGAACAUCACGUCUUAAAAAAAUAAAAUUAGCGAAAACCUACCGUUUUUGUGGGGUUUUCCUGGAGAAAAACCUUUCAAAACAAAACAAACAAGAAAAUCGAAGCCGAAUUGUUUAUCCGCGUUUGACGUCACAAAAUAGUUUAUGCACGCUGACGCCAUACUUAUAAGAAAGGUUUAAUAACCAGACAUACUACUAUGGCGCCCUGGCGCAUGCGCAAAACAAGUGCACUACAAGCGCGAAAGCAUGGUAGUAUUGUAUAAACACUAUGGUUUUAUGAUUCCAAACCAACUAACAGACUAACAAACUAACUUUACGUACAGUCUAACAGAAUAUAACCGAAACUCACGCAGCGAAUAUAAAGCGAUGCCCAACCGCAAUCAUAUUGUGGAUGGAAGAUUAUGCUAGUUAUGCUGGAUUAUAGUAGCCUGAAUUUCAUACGGCUACUCGUUGAGAUUUGAGAAUGAUUGGGGCAUCUCAACGAGGAGGAUUAUAGUGGAUAAUUCUGAAUGAUAUUAAGUCAUGCUUAAUGAUAGAGCCGCUCCAGGGGAGGUCGGCUGAGAUCAGUCUGCUAUCGCCGACUAACUUAAUGAGUGUAUGUUUAAUUUGUUACAGCAAGAUACAUAUACGUUUUGCGUACCUAUUUUUUAUAGAUUCAAAAGACCGUUGAAGGCUAAGGGAUCCAAAUAUCUAAUAUAUGCCAAAGGUUAGAAUUUCAGUGUAUUUCGAUCAUUUUUAGGCUUCAAAUUCUACUUUUUCACAUUCGUCCAUAACCAACAACUCCUGAACCUUUAUUAAUUUAGUUUACGUUGUGUUUCCACAAAACAGAAACCAAUUCUAAACUAUUUCAUUUUGCAAACAUUCAAGGAAGUUACCUGAUUAACUUUUAGUUUUGAAUAACAGUGCUGCCAUAACGGGGGUAGGAGCAACCAUUGCGUUUACUCUUUGACAUUUCCAAAAGUUUUAAAAGACCUUUUCAUGCUGGCCUUCAAAAUCCAGCCUUUAUUUCGGGCCAGGGGCGUAACUUGGGUCUCAAGAUUGGGGGGGAGGAACUCAUUUUGCCUGACAAAAGGGCGUGGUCAAACAAUGCCACGCCCACACUAAGUAUAGAUUUUAUAUAUUACUUAUAAAUAAAAGUACUAUUUGCACUCAUAUAAAACAGAAACUUUGUUCCAGAUAAUAUACACAUUACAAAUUUACAAUAAUUCAAACAUAACAAUACAUUUGGUUCAUGAUAGUUCGUAUAAAACCCUAAAAUGCUGAAUGAUAAGAUUUAUGCUAUAUAUGGCUAUUUACAGGUGUAGCUAUUUCGGUUUCUCGCACGUCAUAGACCGCGAGCAGUCCCUCGGGAGAAAGAAGGGACCGCCGACAACACAUCAAGAAACGAAAUACGCUCACUUUUCGCUCUUGUCAAGUUGGCUUAGCCUCCUCCGUAGGCAUCUCACCCGAUGAAUCGGGUGAUCGGAAAAAGUUUGGCGAGAAUUUUUUUCAAAACCCAUUCGCAGGCUAAGACCCAUAUCCAAUAGGAACCGUUAAUGUCAUGUUUAUUUAUAAAAUCAAUAUUCAGUCAACUAUCAGAGUUGAUUGACAGGCGUAUCGAUUUCGACCAAUGGGAAUUUUGCGUUGUGUGGGCAACGCGUAUUUCGUUUCUUGAUUUGUUGUCGGCAGUCCCUCCUUUCCUUUCGCACGCUCGAAAAUCUAAACCCGCGGAAAGGAGGGACCACUCUCAGUCUAUGCACGUCAAGAAAGAACCAACCAACUAUAAAUACGUACUGCAACACUGUCAGUUCAAGGUUGUGUAGCAUAUAUGUUGCUCAGAAAGAUCAAAAACAGUAUAACGCCAGUUGAUAUAUAUUUACGCAGAUUAAGCAGAUAACAGAGAGAAGCACCGAGCACUUGCACGUGAAACGCAAUACGCACACACGUGCAUGCAUGAUUUGUGCACUGAAAUUUUUAAUAUUGCUACCAGCUUCGUAAUGUCGUAUUUUUUACGUUUAACUUCCCAAAAUUUUAAAUUCUUUUCACCUGUUUGUUUUUCGCCCGACAAAUUACCCCCCCCCCCAACCCCCAGGAUUUACGCCCCUGUUUCGGACGUAGCCUAGUUACAAAACAUACUUUAUAUAAAUUACAUUAGGAUCAAGGGCGGGUGCCCACCUGGCUACCGGGCGAUGGCCACUUAAUUGAAAUUUGGUAAAAAAAAUUAGAACUAGAUAACUCAGAUGAAAACUUGUAAAAAUAUAUAGUGUCUAGUUCAAAACCCGAUUCAAACCAGAGUGAAAUUCGGUGAUAUCCGGUUUAUUUUAACGGCUUUAGUUUGAUUUUCACUCUACAUGUACCUAUAUAGGUUGGAUUCACUAAACACUAACCUGCAUGCAGCAGAUGGUGGGCAACCAGCAGCUAUCAAAUUAGAAAAUGAUGUUACUGUAAUUAUUUUCAGUAUAUUCAGUAGUUUUGUAUUUGGAGGCAAAUAAAUAGAAUUGAGAAGUGUAUAUAGUUUAAUUUUCUUCCUCUGGUAAGUGUCAUCAGCUUUGAAGUUGAUCUGAUAUCUGCCGUCCUGUAAAGCUUAAUGAAAACAUCAAAUGAAUAGUUAGGAUGAUCGCCUGACAUUAUUUACAAACGUUCUUUCGCUGUGACAGUGCAAAAAUUUCCUUAUACAAAGAUACAAACAUAGAAAAACCAUCCAAAUUAUGUUCGUUUUCUAUUUUGCUCAUUAGCAAUCGCCGCCAUCUUGGUUGAAAUAGCAAAACUAUUCAUUACAUGGGAAGAAAUAGCAAAACUAUUCAUUACAUGGGAAGAAAUAGCAAAACUAUUCAUUAGGGACGCACCAUUAGAAAAGUGAUGGGGGGGGGGAUUUUCUAAGAGGCAAUAUUUUUUUAUUUUGUACACCUAUAGAAGAAAUUUUUUUUUCUCACUUGAUGGUUGGAAAUAUAUUUUUUAAGUGAAAUUUAUAGGCCUAUCAGUGGUGUAGUCCUGGAUGGAAUGUUAACAAGGGGGGCUCUCCAAAGUGUCCUGAAUUGGCGGGAGGGGGGUGCAAUAAGAUAUUUUGGAAAUUCUAAAUUUUGUUGGGGUUUAUUCUAGAAAUUGUGGGACAAAUAUUCGACGUUAUUCUUAUUAAAAACAAAGGGGCUGAAAGUGAGGGCCAAAGGCCCGAGGAAAUUUUUAAAUUUAGAGUCUCUGAAAUGCCAUUUCCUGGACUUUGGGGAAGAUUUGACAGAAUUCUGAUGGUCAGAAAACAGCGUUUUAGUAUGUCGAAAUUUACAAUUUAGUAGUAUUAAAUGGGCGAAGGCGUAUUUAGUUAACUAUAUAUUGGAUAAAUUGCAGGAAAUUAUGGGUAAUAUCUUCAUUCUUUGCAGUUUGUCAUGGAUAAUGUAGCAGCUUAAAAUUAAUCAAUUGUCAGUGUUUUAAAGAUAUAUUAUUUAAAUGUAUCGAGUAGCCACAGAUUUGUCCUUGGCACAUAUGGUAAAGACUCUACAAUGUUUGAGCCUCUGACCGUAUAGUGAUGACGUAAACUUUAUAUCGGUCUAUGCGCCGAGGGGACUGACCUAACCUUGGCAGCCUAUACUUGCAAUGGGGGGCGGUGAGCUAACCUGUGCCUUGCCCACGGUAGAAACGAGUGCUGCCUGCUCUCUCAGGCAAAAUGUUUCUUCACCCUGCUGACGAACGCUAGAGGACACGUGAUUUUGAAAAAAUAAUGAUUAUUAGCAAAUUAUUUGAGGGGGGGUUGCUGCAGCCCCAAGCCCCUCCCGUUGAUACGGCCCUGGAUAGAGUUUAAAUCAGACAAAACAGGAUCGGUAUUUCAACAGCCAAUUUGCUACGGCGCAUGAACAACGCAAUAUAAAGAUUACAAAAAUCAUUAUUGUGUUAAAUGAUGACUGAAAAUGAGAUACAAUUCUAAAGAACAUUCUCGUUUACUGAUAUUUUUGUGUGUGUUUUUGAUGUUUUUAAGAUUAUGCAACGCGCCAAAAACAUAGGGGGGCUCAGCCCCCCCCCCCCAAGUCAACAUGAAAUUUUAACAAGGGGUGCUAAGCCCCCCUGAGCCCUCCCUCCACUACACCACUUGGCCUAUCUUCUAAGCAAGGAAUUUUUUUUUUUUUGCACUAUGCCUGGGAAGAUUUUUUUUUCUUAAUUUUUUUCUGGAAAUAAUUUCAGCCCUUUUGGUUUUGCCCCCUCCCCCCAUAACUUUUCUAAUGGUCCGUUCCUUACAUGGGAAGAAAUAGCAAAACUAUUCAUUACAUGGGAAGAAAUAGCAAAACUAUUCAUUACAUGGGAAGAAAUAGCAAAACUAUUCAUUACAUGGGAAAAAAUAGCAAAACUAUUCAUUACAUGGGAAACUUUUUUUAACAGAAAACUUUUAGGAUUUAAUCAAACAAGAAGGCGCAAGCGAAGAAUGAACUGUUUUAGAUGUUCAAUUUUUGUCUCAGGUUCUGGAAGCACAACAUUGAACAAACACGAACACGGUGAUAGAGGAUGUUCAGUCAAGAAAGUUGAUUUUGCAAAUAACAUACUUUAUGAGUUGGGUGACUGUGGAGCUAGUGGGCUCGAAAAAGUUCAUGGUAAGCUUUUUGACAAAUUUUUGCUCGCUGCUCUGGUUUACAUUAAGCAAAUGAAAAUAAUCCCGAGCAAAUUACAUUCAUUCGACACUUCAAUCAUCUGGGUGUCUCUUUAUAUAUACUCGAUGACGUCACCGCACCACCAGAAUGCAAAUGUCAAGGCCGGCGAGAGCCAACCACGGGCCCCGGGACAAAAUGACGAUUGGUGAACACGGGCCCCCUGACCCUCUCGACUCUCCCGCUGGCUAUUUUUUAAUCACAAUCAACGAGAGAAUUGCCAGCGAAUUACUUGCAAGAAAUCGCCGCAUAACUGAUAAAAACGCAAUGUGAACGAUGUUCAGCUAACUGUUUUUGCUGAGAAAACGAUUGAAAAAUCAUUUAUUUUACAUUUGCUACGUUUUACGAUCGAUGACGACAAUCAGUGGAUAGUGUGCAAGUAGGCGUAUUUCAUUUAGGACAAACAUAUAGCGAUGAUAAACGAUACGCACAUUUUCCAGAGAUUUCCGGGCCCCUCUGAGCACUCCGGGUCCCGGGUAUUUUGCCCCCCUGUUGCUGUGCCUUCGUAAACCCAUUAACCAUAAUGAGCUGAAUCAGCUGAUCUAUCAUCUCGCUUAUAAUUGUUAACGUGAAUUUACAAGUAUAGCUAGUAUAGACUUUAUUUACAAGUAUAGACUUUAUUUUUUCUCUGUAUAUAUAUAAUAUAUAUAUAUAUAUAGAUCUCUUUAUAUUUUUACAUUUAAGGUUCCAUUAUGAUAUUUGCGUGGGCGUUCCUGGUUGUGAUCUCAAUUUUUAUUGCGCGAUAUUCCCGUUCGUUGUGGAAAGGCUGGAAAAUUUGUGGCAAUGAUGCUUGGUUCCAGGUAUUUAUUUGUUUAACUUAUUUCAUUUGUUGUUUCUUUUGUUUUGUCUGUUGGAGGUGUUUUCCCCAAGUCCACGAGGUGGUUAAAUCCGUGAACUCUAGAUUGAUCGUGACGCUCUGCCAGACUGCUGAGAAUUUCAGCUACGCUGUUGAGAGAGUAAGCCGAGAUGUUAGCUAGUUUGAAAUGGCAAUAAAAUAACAUCUCGAUGUUAGUUUGAAAUGGCAAUACAAAUUAAGUUUCUUUCUAUUUUUAAUUAAAUUACAUGUAAACUCCUAUACCUAUUUUUUACAUCUUGCUUAGUUCAUGAGAUAUUUUGAUUGAAAACAAUCAACUGUCAGUGUUGUCCGCCAUCUUGGAUUGUUUUUUUGUCUCAACGGCAUGAUUUUUGUGACGUUAAAAGCAGGGUUAGCCAUAUAAAACUCCCAGCUGACGAAAUAGCAAUUAGUGGUUAUUUGAAGUGUUGUCAGUCAAUUCUAUUCCCCAACCCUGAAUUUGGGGCUCAAUUAUGACCAUUGCAUGCAUAUCUGGUUGACGUAACCUGCAUAUCCACGAUGACGGACAGCUCAAUGAUUUAUGGUGGCUUGGUCAAAAUAUUUCGAAGAAGCUGUAUAAAGUUUUCAUUAUAAAUUUAAAAGGUCUAUAGAAUGAGACAAAUUAAAUUUUUAUUGCCAUAUAUCCCUUUACAAAUAAUUUUGGAGGUUACAGACUCAGGAGUCAUUUUUUCGGAUUUAAUUAACAUCUUGGACGAGCAAAACAAAUGAACUUCUACUCAUUGAAUGUCAUCCUCUCAUGUACCUUUUCUAGUUUCACCGCCUGAUCAUGGGGCUGGCUGUUGUAAUGACAAUCAUAGCGAUAAUUAUUAUUUUUGUCGACAAGGAAGGAUGGAGUAAGGUAUGUUAUAUAUAUUUAUAAUAUAGCAUUUGUAAAUUUUGAACGCUGAUUGGCUAAGAGCCGUGUUGAUAUAACUCAGUAUCAACACGGGAAAUUUUCCGCCGCUUGUAAACACGGAAAUUUUUCUUAUCCUUCGGGCUUUUGACAUUGCUAUAUUAUAAAAAAAAUAUAAAAAUGUUUUCCGUAUUGAUAUAUAGUUAUAUCAACACUCGUGGAAGUUGGGAAAACUCGAAAUUGUAUGAAAACACUCUGCACUUCGGGCGUCGUGUUUCCAUACAAUUUCUCGUUUUCCCAGUUCCACUCGUGUUGAUAUAACUGUAUAUCAACACGGAAAAUGUUUUAUAUUUGUUAAACAGUGCGAAAUAAACAUAGGCUGCUUUGAAAGGUAAUUUUUAGGUAAAUGUUUCGAAGAAAAUUAACUAUCAUUUUGUCCUGCUUUCCCUACAGGGUGCCGGUGACCAUGCAACAUUUGGAAUUAUUGUUUUGGUACUUGCUAUUAUUCAACCAACUAUCGCAUUUUUCCGACCACAUCCAAAUGAACCGAGGUUGGUAUUUUUCAGACUAAUAACGAAUUUAAUAAAGUUUGUGAUUAUAUAGAAUUGAAAGAACAGCAUUAAAGUCUAAUGAUAAAGAUGGCUUCAAAUUUCCUAAAUCGAAGGCUUCAAAUUUCCUAAAUCGUUUUUAGUGCUUAUAUUCGUUUGAGCCAUUUGUGAUUUUGAUUUAAAAAUCUCCAUAGAGAUUGAUGUAUAUCUCCAUUUUUUACUGUAGGCGUCCUAUAUUUAACUGGUUUCAUCGUAUCAUCGCACUUAUCCUGGUUAUUUUCGUAGGUAAAAUUUACUGUACACUAGCUAUUGUUUUUUUUUUCAUAUCAAUUCUGACACUGUAGAAUGGCGAUCUCUAUAGAUGAUAAAUUCAUCACUGUUCUCCACAGAUGUCAGAAUUAUUACGCACGCAAAAGUUUAAAUGAUAGAUGAUAGUUGUGCAGUAACUAAAUGAAUAAAUGCAUGUCAUUUUAUUUAGACUACUUUAUGCACACGAGACGGUUCUACAUUUUCACACAGUUCUUGAUUUCCGAAUUGUGCUCUGCCGGUAUAGUCUAGAACAUUGAAACCUCAUUGGACAUUCUCGAGACCGAAGCCUCGUUCUCAGACUAUUUUCUGUGGACAUUCUUAAUUCGAAAAUGACCUUCGUCCAACCUUCCUCUUGUUUCGUGCAUACUGUGCAUGCUGGAAGUGAAAUCGUAAUUGAAUGCGGUUGCAAAUUCACCCGGUCAUGUGUGCAUGAACGGACCCUUACGGCCUGUUCAUAUGCACUCAGCUACCUGGAAACUCACCAGAGUGAGGUCUGCAUGCCAUUUUUAACGCAUAUAAAAUUAAAUUAAUUUUGUGUUCAUAUGAGAAACGUGCCAACCCGGCUAUAGGUGAGAUUUCAUCUCGCAUUGCGCUAUACUGUAGUAUAGGGCGUAAAAAAAUACCUGUGGUUCCAGUUUCAUAUCGUGAAAAAAUUAGGGUCGGUAGGUCGGAAAUAAAUUUUUUUUUUUAAUAUUUUCAUGGCUUUGGCGGGUUUUUGCUGGGCGAUUUGCAGUAGAGUCCCGACAUCAAUAUUAACUAGAGAUGCGUAUUUCCUAUGGAUGAAUUUAGGCAAUUUGGUUCAAUAAUUAGUGUGACAACAGACGCCAUUUUGGUACGCUGUAUGAGCAGCCCGCAACCACCUGGAGAAAAUAGGGUCGCACGGUCAAUCGCGUUGAAAAAAUAAUAGGGUCGGCAGAAAAAAAUAGGGUCGGUCGGGAACCGGAACCACAGGUUGUUUUUUUUACGCCUACAAUCAGGAGCAAAAAUGAUUGAGACAACCGCAUAAGUGCCCCCCUCACUGUCAGCCAUGGGAAAAAAUAGUCUGAAUUUUAUUCAUUUUAUAAUCUUCCAAUGUAUAUAUUCAUCAAUUAAUCGUCCUUUCCUAACGAAAAAUAACUAUAGUUCUCGAGAUCCCUAUAUUCUUUUUACAUGAAGUACUCAGUUAUAGAAAACCGCUGAGAAAAAAUAUUAUAUACACGGCAAAAAACGCUCAGGUUGAUGCAAUACUGAUGAAAACAGGAUUGAACAAUAUUUUGCUGCCCACAUUGUUCAUAGCUGUCAACAACAUUGAACAAUAUUGUUACACCCGAUUCAGGCUCAACAGCAUUGUUCAAUAUUGUUGACAAGUGUGAACAAUGUGGGCAGCAAAACAUUGUUCAGUCCUGUUGAGCAACGGUCUCGGCGUUUUUUGCCGUGUACACGCGUAAAAAUCAUCAUGUUGAUGCAAGUUGUUCAAAACAGGAGCGAACAAUGUUGUGCUGCACCCCGUGAACAAUAUUGUUAACAAGUUGUUGAACCAUCAAUGUUGUUGCAACUUGUUGACAAUCAUGUUAACAAGUUGCAACAACAUUGAUGGUUCGACAACUUGUUAACAAUAUUGUUCACGGGGUGCAGCACAACAUUGUUCGCUACUGUUUUGAACAACGCCGAACAACCUGAUCAAUUUUUACGCGUGUAGCAAAAGGUUCACUAAGCAAGAAAUCCAAGUCAGCGUCUUCCCUGGAGCACUAAUUUGAAUCAACAUCAACGAAUUGCGUUUUAUUCAAAAGUACAAAUAGAGACAAUCAGGAGCAAAAAUGAUUGAGACAACCGCAUAAGUGCCCCCCUCACCCCCAAUUCAAUGUUGUGUGGAUGACUGAAAAGAGAAAAUUCAACCCACUUUUUCCAACAUUGAUCAUGGGGGCAGGGGGGAGGCCGACGUACUUUAACAUGGCCAAAAAUGUGAAAAGUCUCAUUAUUUUUGCACGCGAUUGUAGGUAUAUGCAGCUUUAUUCCAUGCACAUGACCGGGAUGGACAUUUUUUGGCGAUUUUGACCUAUAAUAUACUAGGAUUGAACGGCACACUAGAAAAUAGACCUAACAGACACGAUUAAAGUCGUAAUACAAGGUGUAGUACAAGUACAAAAAAAUUUCGAAGACACCAUGUUUACAUAAUAUUGUUUAUGUCGUCCCACCGAGGCGGCCAGGAUAUUAGGUGGGAUAAAAACGUGACAGUCAUAAUGAACACACUAAAUAGUUCAUCUCACUUAGGUGAGCUUCCCGGCAAACCUGGCUCAUAUGAACAAGCCCUUAGUACUUACUGUUUUCAAUGAAUUGCUGUACAUAUAUAUAUAGGUACAGUAAUUACGUUAUAUUAUAAAACUGAGCGUAUAUAUGCCAUAAAGAACCCAGAACUGGAAAGCAAUCUUUAUCACACAGUACUCUUUGUCAAAAUACAGACCAAUCGAUUUCUUUCAGGCAUAUGUCGUUAUUUAGUUGUUACAGUUUUCAAAGGCAUGGCGAACGUCUUGAGAUGUCAAAAUACUAACCAAUCAAUUCCCUUCAUGUUGUUAUUUAGUUGUUACACUGUUCAAAGGCACGGAACUUCUGGAGGAUUCUGGUGGUGAUACUUCGUCCAACGUCAUGAUUGCACUUAUUGUCAUCGCCAUCAUAACGGCGUUGAUUCUGGAAUACCUAGCAUUCCGUCUCAGGACGACGAAAUUACCUGGUUAGUAAAAUUCAUGCUCCUUGGCCUUGGGUUUCUAUUUCAGGAAAUAUAAAUUAUAAAUGACGUCAUCAACUAAACCUCUGAAUUUUACUUUCCUGUCAUCAGACUUCAAUAUAAUCCUGAAAACUUGUUCUGACAAUAUAUUAUAAAACAUUUUGUCACUAAUAGAGGGCUUGAGCAAGACAACGAAGUACAAAGACGUACUUGACGCGUUUUGCCCGUCUUUGUAUUAUCUUGCGCAUACUGAGUUUGGGGUCAGCGGUGGUUGUUCAACAAAGACAGGUUAUGGAUUCAUGCCUCGCUGUUUAUGAAUGAUGUCCCUAAAGCUAUGUUUACACACGACGAUUGAUCGGACUGAUUUCAGGUUUUGUCGAAUGUUAAUGACGAAUGUUGUCAGUUGACGAUGUCGUCAGAUAUGUUGACAGCGUAUUUUUCAAAUAUCGUUUACUAAAAGCUGAAUCGGCCUGAAUAAUCGAUCGUUAUGUGUAAACGUACCUUAAUCCUUACCCUGACCCAGACAUGAAGUCUUCGUACUUCUCCCCUAUAAUAAUUAUCGGUUUAGCUACGAUAAAAAAAAUCCGCAAUAAGAUGCAAAAGUGCGUGUUUUUCAGGACGCCAUUUUGCUUGCAAGUGUCAUGGCGCGAGCAUGACGUGUACAUCUAGGGAAAUUUGAGGACGCGAAGUCCUAAGUAACACAUCUGGGGCCGGUUGUACGAAGGCUGGAUAGCGCUAUCCACCGGAUAGUGAUUUUUUCAACCUUUGUAAAAUGCUUGAAAAACUGUGAAACUACGGAUAUAGACGACACAAGAAGUAUAAAAACCAUUUAACUUAUAAAUACUAAACUUUAAUACGAGUUAUACCAAUCAACGACUGAUUUAACAAAGCUUGAAAAAAUCACUAUCCGGUGGAUAGCGCUAUCCGGCCUUCGUACAACCAACCCCUGGUAUAUACUUCAUACAAUGUACUUUAAUUCCGGAAGCCUAUACUGGCAUUUUGGAGGGUCUUGCAUAGGUAUUCUGAUCAUAGGUAUUCUGAUCAUAGGUAUUCUCAUCAUAGGUAUUCUGAUCUUUAUCGUUUAAUUGCUCUAUUUAAUUGUUUUAUUUAUUUUUACUGCAAUAUGUCCAUUUUCCCAAUAAACGUGUUUAAACUGACCUAUUAAUGUUCCUUCACAUGCACUUUACCAACAACUUAGCGGCUGUUUUAAAGGGGUAUGGCAAUAAAAAUUAACUUUUUCGUAUUUGAAAGAACUUUUAAAGUUAUAUAUGAAGACCCUUUACAACUUUUUCGUACCUUGCUUUGUUUUCGAAAUAUUUUGACCAAAAACAGUGUGCAGUCCGCCAUCUUGGCAGUUGGCAUUAUAAUUGACCUAAUAGACUGAAUUUUUGAUGACGUCAUAAGCAGGGUAAAUUGUUAAAACUUCUUCAUGUGGGACGAAAUUUCUUCGAAAAGUUUCUCAAAAUGUUGUGAGUUAAUUGAGUACUAAAAAGACUUCGGAAAAUCGAGUUUCAUAUUGAUAAUGACAUGUUGUUUGCAAGAUAAAAAUUUCGCUUUUUACCCUACGUGUGACGUAUGCAUAUCGAAUGCAUAUCCAAGAUGGCGGAAUGCACGCUGCUUUUGAUCAAAAUAAGUCGAUUUAUUUCGAAAACCAAGCAAGAUACGGAAUAAUUGUAAACGAAGUUUAUAUAUCAUUUUAAAUGUUCUUUCAAAUAAGACAAAUUUAAUUUUAUAUUGCCAUAUCCCUUUAAUUAAGGAAAUGCAAAACUGCCAGCUACGUAUACUAGAUUGGUGUAUAGUAUAUCAGGGUUCCCAGGCGAUUUUCGCCGUCCAUAUAGGGUUGACUAUUCCCGGUUGAUUCCGAUCUGAACAUAUAAUCCAAAUAUUUCCCCCUACUUCAGAAAUGUCGAGGGAAAGCAGGUUCUUGAUUCGAUAAGAUAAAUUUGGAGUAGUUUUCUUCGUUUGGAUAAUAUAACACAAUCUCCAAAACUACCCUCCACAAUUAAUUACUGGGAUGACGCCCUCAGACCCCAACCCCUCGUAGGGGAGUGGUAUCUUCUGUACCACAAAACGCCUCCUACUCUAAAUUUUAUUGGGAACCAUGAGUAUAUCCGCUACUCUUGCAUGCUCUACAAGAAGGCAAUUUAAGGUUCAGGUGAUAAACUCUUUUCAAAUAUACAUGUGCAGUAUUUUUCACAACAGUUUUUUCUAUUUCUUCAAGAUACGAUUGACGACACAACUGGUACCUUGCAGGAAGAAAAACAAGGUGUAUCGGGAUUGGUUUGGGUAUGUAAAAAUAGUUAGAAGAUAUUACACUACUGAUUGCAACGGUGGCGAGAUCUUUGUUUGAUGUUGAAUUGUACCUUACCGUGCACAAAUCCUUUGUCUCAACGUCAUUAAAUAUUAUUUAUCGUGGUUGCAUGUUUCAUCUUAGCUAGCCUAUUGGACGAUUUCUUUAUUGUACGAAAAUCACCGUGACCGUGCACAAAUUAACAUAGACUCAGACAAAUACACAGCAGAAUGAUUUCUGUUUAGUUCCCAGACUAUCAUGCUUUGAUAUGACUGUAUAUUGGCCGUGGUACUCGUGGUAGCAUCGUCUCUAUAAUGGAGUGUCACAAGUUCCCCAACCAAGUGUUAAAGAGAUUUAAAUCUGAAAACUAUUUUCCUAUUCUAAUUGCUGAGAACGAUAAAAAAACGUUCUCUCGAUACCGCCAUACCAAGCCAACUUUACUGUCUGUUAUGAUAGAAUUAUGUAAAUAGUUUUUCAUAUUUUUGUCAAUCUACGUUUUAGGAAACCAAGGUGCAACGCAUUUUGUUGGUGAUGUUCUCACUCCUUGUUUUCAUAUUGGCCGUGUUUAUGAUCGCGAACGUGGCAGGGGCUGGGUCCGAAGAUGACGAUUAGAAUAGAAAUAUUUUAGUCGUACUGAAGUUUUUGCUUGACUAUAGUAUUUUACCCUGGUUCCAGAGGUUCUUGCACCGUGGUAUUAGUAUUUAUGCACGUAGGAUAUUAUAAAAGUAGGAUAUGUAGAACUGUCACUAUGGUGAUGUAGUAUAGAAAGUUUAGAACUAGUGAGUAUAGUGAGUUUGUCACUUAUUCGUACUAAAACAUUUAUAACCAUUCAAGAAUGAGCACAUGUAAUAAAUAAGGAAAUAAUGUAGACCACGUAAGCGAAGUCGCAAAUAAGAUUUGAAAAGUCAAGUAAUAGUAAUAAACUGCGUAAAAACUGUGUAAAAAUUUCAAUUCACAAUAAUUAACAAUUAUUCGCCGAAGGCG